CUAGUUUUUUUGUUGUUCGAAACUGGGAAUGUUACCGUAUGACUCAACACCUGAGGCGGCGUCGUGUGAUUAAUAAAUACGCAGGGAUAUUACACGGUAAAUGCAACGUGAAAGGAUUCGUUUGUCUCUUGUUUGUCCGCCCGGCAAGGUUUUUCGCGCUCUCAUAGUAAGACUACUGUUUCAGCAUAGCUUUCUUUGUUUUAUUACUUCCGGAAAAAAAACCUUCCCAGAGACCCAGUAUGGAGACCUGAAGAGGAGCAGGGGAACGCUGGAUCAUGGUCUCAACUUCCCUCUUUGAAUGGAUUAAGUCUGGGAUGUACGCUUUGAAUGAGCUGAGCUAGGCAGCAUCCUCUCUGGGACAGCAGUCAGAAGAGCAAACCCCCUCCCCGCCAGAUCUCUUCACCUGGAACGCAGGGAAGCCGGGGUCUGUCAGCGGGCGGCCAUGACGGAGCCCAAGCUGCCCAGCAGCGGCAGUGGCAGCCUCACGUGGGCCAAGCUGUGCAAGGAGUGCGGCCAGCAGCACGAUGGCCAGGAGAGCCACCUGUACGAGUACCAGGACGAGGUGGAUGACGAGCUGGUGUGCCACAUCUGUCUGCAGCCCCUGCUGCGGCCCAUGGACACGCCCUGCGGGCACACCUACUGCUUCCAGUGCAUCAGCAGCUUCCUGAAGGAGCAGGACUUCUGCCCCGUGGACCGCCUGAGGCUGCAGCUGCACCAGUGCCGGCCCUCCAGCCUGCUGGUCCGGAACCUGCUGGACAAGCUCACCGUGCUCUGCCCCCAUCAUGCAGAGUGCCAACAGACCAUGCAGCGCUGUGAGUUGCAGCCACACCUGCACAACAGAUGUCCUGUUUUCCGGAGGCUGAGGGAGGAGGGCGAGAGGAGGAAGAGGCCUCCCUGGAAUGAGUUAAAGGCGAGCAGGGGCGAGGGGGAGGCUGGAGCCGAUGCCAAACACACGCCCGCGACGUCCCGCACCCCCACCCGGGGCCAGGCAGAGCCAGGACUCAUAAACCCCGCCUACGAGGAGGCAGAGGAUGACUCCACCCCGGUGCGCUCCAGCCUGGUGGCAGAGGCUAAUGUGGUGGAGAUGUUCCGGGAUGAGCUAGAGGAGGAGCUGGGCUUGCGGAUCGUGGGCGGGAAGGACACACCCUUGGGUAACAUCGUCAUCCAGGAGAUUGUGCGUGAUUCUUUGGCUGCCCGUGAUGGCCGGCUGGCGCCCGGUGACCACAUCCUGGAGGCAAACGACAUCAGCCUAGCCUCCAUCCCUCAUUGCCGGGCCAUCGCCGUGCUGCGGCGGCCAUGUUCCCUGCUCAGGUUCACUGUCAUGCAGGAGAAGGGCUUCAACCCCAGACACCCCCGCCCUGAGCACCACCCAGCCCCCUCCUCCACCACCUCCACGCCCUCCCACGGCAGCGUGCCGGCGGCAGCCCACAACCCCGGCACGGUGAUCCAGGUGACGCUGGUGAAGCGGGAGUGCUCGGAGCCGCUGGGCAUCAAGCUGAUCCGCAAGUCGGACGAGUCGGGGGUGUUCAUCCUGGACCUGCUGACCGGCGGGCUGGCGGCCAAGGACGGGAAGCUGAGGAACAACGACAAGGUGCUGGCCAUCAACGGUCACGACCUGAGGCACGGCACGCCGGAGAGCGCCGCUCAGAUCAUCCAGGCCAGUGAGGUGCGGGUGAACUUUGUGGUGAUGAGGCAGACGGAGGCCGUAGAGGAGGGGGGCACCAGUGGAGAGGUUCCGGUCCGAGGGGCCCGCAGGGCUCCUGAACCCCAGUACUUCAAGCGACGCUCCACCUUCAUGAAGGACCCUCCAGGAGGUUUCUCCAGCCAGGAGAAGACAGUGAGCCUGAAGAAGGAGCCUCGCCUGUCCCUAGGCAUCACCAUCGCUGGGGGCAGGGACUGUCGCAGCCGCCUUCCCGUCUACAUCACCAGUGUCCAGCCGGUGGGCUGCCUUCACCGAGACGGCACCAUAAAAACUGGGGACAUCCUGCUCAGCAUCAACGGGGUGGACCUGACCCAGCUCACCUACAACGAGGCCGUGUCGGUCCUGAAGGCCCAGACGGCCCAGUCCCAGGUGGUGCUGCGGGUCAUCCAGACCCUGGCCGAGGACGCGGAGGAGGAGGCCGAGGCCGCAAACACGGAGGAGCUGGAUUACACAGAGAGCCCACGAGAAGACGACCUUAACUGGGCCCCGCUGUGGACUCGCUGGCUGGGCCUGCCCAGUCACAUGCACUGGUGCCGAGACAUCGUCCUGCUGAAGACCAACAGUGAGAGCUGGGGCUUCAGCAUCGUGGGCGGCUAUGAGGAGAGCCACGGGCAGCAGCCCUUCUUCAUCAAGACCAUCGUGCCUGGUACUCCCGCCCACUUUGACGGACGCCUCAAAUGUGGUGAUGAGAUUGUGGCUGUGAACGGAGCCACCACGGUCGGCAUGAACAACUCCUCUCUCAUCCCCAUGCUCAAGCUGCAGAAGAAUAAAGUCACACUGACCGUGGUGUCCUGGCCAGGGAGCCUGGUGUGACACACACAUAUAUAUAUAUAUAUAUAUACCUACACACACACUCUGCUCUGCUCAGCUGCAAUUACCACUGAGCCACUCUCUUGUCUGCCUUCAUCUCACACAAACAACAUAGACACUGGUUGAAUCUCACAACUAGAAUUUUUUUUUUUGGGCAAAUAUGAAAGGUUUAUAUAAUUAGAUUUUUAUUUUACAAGGUAACGUUGUUGGGUGUACAUUGUUAUACUGUGUCUACUUAGACUUUGUCCAAGCAGACUGAUGUGAACGAUUUUUAGUGCUUUUAUGCAGUAGUUGACAUUUUUAAAUGGCAGUUUGUGUGACUCAGUGAACAAAUUGGUUUAAUCAGGGUGGAAGAUGAAACAAAGACAAUCAGUGAACUGCAGCUGGAGGUAAGCUGGAGAUGUAGCUUCAUUGUUUUUACCCUGUGUCUUGAAAGCUUUAUAAACAUUGGUUCAUAGCAGAUUUUGUGUUCCUCUACUGUUGCUAUUGAUCAUCUCUUCAUUUGAUAAUGACGAUCUGGAAGACUGAUUAAUGUGCAUUAUCCAAAGUUCUGAGAUAUUGUAUACAUUUUCUAAUGUCCCUAAAACUCCACAUGUCAAUGAAGAAGACACAACUUAAUGAUGAGGAAAGAAAGUCUGUUGAUUAUGUAUGCCAAAGUCAGAUUUUCCCAUCCUAUCCUCAUUCAUUCCUGUCUUUUUUAACUACUUUUAUUUGACCAGUUUCAUCCAUAUGGAAGACUAUGGAAGGACACAAUGCCUGCUUAGAAUUUUUUUUUAUGACUUGAUGAAUUCCUGAUGUACCACUGUACUGUAAUUCUCUUUUAUUUCAGUGCAAUACUACAUACUGCAUACCGAAUGUCUUUGAUAAAUGUGGGUGCCUUGUACAUGUUGAAGGACAAAUCAAAAUGUAUACUUGCCUUAAUUACCACAAAACCAAAAAUGCUGUUUCUUCCUCAUUAGCUACCACCUGAUUCUGUGUUCGAGAGGGGAGAAACGAGCAGUGUUAAGGUUACUCAGUGUGUUGUAUUUAACGUGUUCAGUGGAGAGAAAGGAGGAGCCCGGAACUACUGUUUCACAGUUAGUGCGUGAUUUUUGCUUAGUCAGGAUGUAUUCAGAAACACACAGAUGCCUCUCUCAGAACAUGAGAACAUUUGGUACUCUGUAGAGUUUCAUUCUUCAUUAUGUUUAGCGUGGUUGCAAAAUAGAGGCAUUGCAUCUUGAGGCCCACCCCUCUCUUUCAUAAUGUUCAAUAAACUCUUAAAGAAUACAAAUAAGGUUUUUGUUUGGUAUGUGGUUCCUUUGGUGAAUUUCCAGUAAUUAGGAAAUGUAAAAGUACUACCAAGAUGGGUCGAACCAAUGCAACACGCACUCCUGCCAUCCAAAGAUACCUAAACACUUGAAUUUCCUUAGGGAUUAAUAAAGUGAACUGAUUGAUUUGGAUUCUGUGAAGAUGUUCUAGUGCUGACCACGAGCCUGUGGUCCCAUAUGUGCAGUCAUCAGAAAGGGCCUGUCUUUACUACUGCUCCCCAGGCUUCUGCCUGUUCUGUGGGGGUAGCACUCAUCUGGAGUGGCAUGAAGGGUGAAUAGACAAGCCACGUCCCCACAAGAGACAGCUUAGGAGAGGGCUGAGCAGGAUGUAAAUCAGACUGCUGCGUCAAGGACCUGACACAGAACUCAAGGACACUAAGUCUAAAUUAUGCCUGGCUUUAAGCAAGGCUCAACUCAAGUGGGACGUAAAAAAUAUGGGAUACAAAUGUGUCAUGUUUUCAGGUGGAUUCCAGGUGCUUGUGUACUCAAGACAACCAUUGACACAUAAUUACAUUUAAAUAUCUGCAGGGGUUCCAAACGGUCACACGUCAAGUGUUUAAUGUGCAUGCACUGUACAUCAUUAAAUGCACCCACUCUCUUGAUGUCUCAGUCUGCCCCCUAGAGGCUAAACAUGGAUAAUCUUACACAUUGCACAGCUUCAUAUUAAUAUGUCCAACCUCUGCUUUGGUUAGUUCAUAAAAUAUUACUGUAAUUACAAAUUGUUUAACGAUGAUUAAUUGUAUUAUAAUGUGAUGUGUACUUUCAGAUGUUAAAGAGUUAAAAGUAACUGGCUGCCAACACUGUCAGAUACAUAUCACUGGACAUUCAGCAAGAGAUUUGCUUCAAUGGACGACUUAACGAUUAACAAGUAUUGCACCUUUUUGCGGAUUUGAUCAAGCUAGUGUAGGACAGUAUAGUUAACCUUCCUUGAUCCUGUGAUCUUUCCACAUCCCAACAGGACAAUGUGAGCAAUAAAACUGAACAAAGGGGUCUAUAAAAUAACCCUCUUCUCAGAACAAAGCAGUUCCCUGACUAGGGUAUGGGGGUUGUGAUUUGGUAACCCCAGGAUUUUCUGCAAACAGUUCCAUCCCAUCCAGUCUUGGUUGUUUAUGUUAAUAGUAUUCCUUAGUUUAAAAAAAGUGUCAAGUAAUUACAGUCUGUCAUGUUAGGUUAACGAUUCAGCACCUUGUUCAGGGUUCCUGCAGGUUUCAGUAAAUCAAAUUUAAGACCUUUUAAGACAUUUUAAGACCAUAAAGAUUUAAGAUCUAAGACCUACACGACGCAUUACCAAAAAAAUAUUCCAAUCAAAGAAAUUCUGAAAAAAUUCAGUCUUCUAUCGACUCACAUCGAUGCAUUUUUUUUUUAAUGUAAGCAUAUAUAUUGAAUCGCAAUUUGAUAAAAAAUGGUGAAUCGAUUUGUUAUCGAAUCGUGAACCCAAGAAUCUAAUCGAAUCAGAAGGUAACAAAACAUUCCCACCCCUAAUAGACGGUAAGCUGUACAAUUCUGUUUAAUAUUUUUCCGUGUUGCAGAAAUAAAUAAAUAAAUUCAAGAAAAGUCUACUUAUUGUCACUGUAUUUUGUGAACGAGUUCUUAGAAAUCCUUCAGCAAACUUUCACUUGUUUUGUAAGUAUGAUUAGAAGGCACAGUAUUCUGUUUUAUAACU